AGCCCGCGGACACAGAGCGAGCGACCCUCCUCCGCCAUCUUCUGGACAACCGGAGACCAAACCCUGCGAGAACAACACACAGUCCGCGACCCCGAACGCCACUGGGCCGCCCAGAAAACGCUGAGGAAAACGCCAGUUGACCUCCAGCUUUGCCAUCAGCAGACCAACAGUGGUCUACUAUUCUCUUGCUAUCAGGGAAUACAGCUGGGUCCUCAGCCCAGAUCUGGCCAACACACUGUAAAGGAUAAGCAAGAUGUUGGGCCACCUUGAUCUGCCAGAACAGCUUCAGUGUGCCUUGACAUAGAUUCUGUAAGUCUUUGGAAAUGUACUAGUCUGCCAUUCUUCCAAGUUAUUCCCUCUGUGGGCGUUUUGAUGGUGAUGGAGAGCACAGUACGCAAUCUCUGAAAGAUGUUCAGCUGGUGACUAUAAUCAGUGCCUGUGAGCUUUCAGAUGUACAUUCAUCUUUGUAAGGGUUCCUGCUCUUGGUAGUCAUGGAUGCUUAGGCUAGUCCUUCCUGACACACUCUGAUCAGGUCCUGUACUGGCAUUCUCAGUCACCUGAGGAACAGAUGCUCUUCGUUUUUCUUUUCAUAUCACACUAAUGCAUGAGCUUCAUUGUUUGUGUGGUUUCAUCCACAAUUUCCAGCCCUUUUAACUCAUAUCUUUUACAUUGACCUAAAUGCAGAUGUCACUUUAGUCACUGUUUCUAUUUCACUAGCCAGCUGGGCAGUCUUCAUGACUAAAGCUCCUGCCACCUGUGCCCCAAUAAUGAACCUCCUUUUGAGGUCACUUAGAUUAUUUCUUUUUAGUCUCAAAAUCAAGGCCACUUGGGCUAUUCAUAUGUGCCACAGAGUAGUGUAGGGUGUGGUACACCUGUAUGGAAGCAUAUGAACUCACAUAUUUACCACCUCACUUUUUUCAUUUAAUUUGUCACCCAGCUGUAUUUUGAUGUUACAGUAUUACUAACUAAGACUUACAAAGUUGGAGCUCAUCAGAACUCAAAUUCUUGAAAGUUUGAAGCUUUGAAGGUUCAUCAGAGAUUAAAAAUAAUAAUAAAAUUUCUUAAAGAGUUUGGAUUUGCAGCUUUAUAUUGAACCUCUCAGAAGCCAAAGUAAGACAAGUUAUCUAUAGACACUGCCCUGCUGGUAAUAGGGGCCUUUAUACCAUAAAAUUAAUAGAUGCUCUGAAAAGUAUUAGCCUACUUUAUCACUAACCUGGUUUUCCAGUGUGGGCUAAGAAUAAGAAUGAGAAAAUAAAACCACACAGUGACAAUAAAGGUUUAGAAAUGAAACAGUGUUGGAUGUUGUAACUGUUUCAUGCUCAUAUUAUAAGAAGAAAAACUGAAGCACAAACAGAAGAUUUAUUCUGGAGCAUCUUAACAUGCCAUUAUACCUGAAUCAGUUAUUCAGUAAAAACUGUAUUUGCCAGCACAACAAACUUUAUUACUGCUUAUUUGAUAUGAGUGCAACAGACAACCGUACAGUCUACAAGGUAGUUGUGGCCAAAAAUGUGGAGAAACUUGUGCCAGAGAGGAAAUAACGACUGUACUCUUUGGCUGUGGCUGUACGGCGACCUCUGCCGGGUCAUUUAGUGGUACUGCAGCGAUAGCAUAUCGGCUUGCAUUCUGGUCUAUUAAUAACAAGGGCUCUUAUGUGUGCCAGGUCAACAAUAUCUUGUGACUGGCUAACUUUGAAAGGACAUGUGGUUCUUUUCGUCAGCCUUAAUCUUAUCAGUACUAAGUGAUCUUAUCACUGUAAGUACUGAACAGCAGUGUAGGAGUUAAAAUGUAGACUACUUGCAGUGUUGGCUUAGUGAAAGAUUUCUGACGACCUUCCUUUCAGCCUUUGAGGACAAACACAAGGCAGCCUGAUAGUAUUCCUUAGAGCCUCCGAGCCCCUGCUACCAUGUCUCGGGACACGUUUACCUUCACCUCGGCUUCCCUGCGCUCCCUGCGGCUGGAGCGGGAGCUUCAGGAUUGGGAGGAUGCCCGCCGGGAGUUGUCCCACAGGAGGGCACUAAGCAGACGGCCGCUGCCACCUGCCCCGCGCCUCAGACAUGGCACAGAGAGGAUUCAGACUGUUCGAGCCCCUCCACCCCAGAUACACUGCAGAGACCCGGCUGUCCAUAACACCUUCAUGUGGGGAGACAUGAAGGGCGUGUACACUGUACUGAGAGAACCUGGCAUGGUGAACGCACUGAUGGAAAUUGUGCAUGAGGAGAUGGUGUGGACUCCAGAAAUGGGCAUGUGGACUAUGUGCUCUAAAGUGAAGCAGACGUCUGCACUGCGUCUGGCUGCAGGCAGGGGGCGCUAUGACUGUAUAGAGGAGUUGCUGUUCAGAGGAGCAGAGGUGGACGCUGACCCUGGGGGUCGCACUGCCCUCCAUGAUGCCUGUGCUGGAGGUUAUGACACCUGCGUGAAACUGUUGCUGGACCACAGAGCUGACCCCGACCUGAUCGCUGCCGAUGGCAAUGCACCACUGCACCUAUGUAACACUCCUGAUUCUUACUGCUGUGCGGAGCUGCUGGUCAGCGGUGGUGCUGAUGUGAACGUGACGCACAAGGACUCCUGUCUCACUCCGCUGCACGUGGCAUGUCGGAGAGGGCUGGAGGAGCACGUGGAGCUGUUUCUGUCUCACGGAGCUGAUGUGAGCGCCCAGAACCUCGAGGGCGAGACUCCUCUGAACGCCGCGUGCGCCGGAGCCGAGCGGCCCUCUGAGGCGGGCCGUUACCUGCGCGUGGUGCAGAUGCUGCUGAGCGCGGGUGCAGACGCGCGCACGGCGGGCAGGAAGCAGCACAGCGCUCUGCACAACGCAUGCGCAAACUGUAGCUACCGCAUCACUGACCUGCUGCUGCAGCAUGGAGCGCGUGCGCACGCAGCCAACUGCGCCGGAUACACACCCAUGGACUGCCUGCUACAGGUGGUUGAGGAUUAUCCAAACCAGCAUCCAGAGCUGAUAGCCUGCUCGCUGCUCAACUAUGGAGCCAAACCUCCUUCUCCCAGAGUGCUGAAGCUGUGCCUCCUAUCUCCUGCCACUCUGGAGGUGAUGCUGAACUGUUUCCAGGUGGUGCCAGCCAUUGAGGAGUGGCUGCAGAAUGUUCCAGAUGAACUUCUAAAGGAACAUAAGCCACUCUUUGACUCUGUUUGGAGGAUGAUUGGUCAGCCCCGCAAGCUCCAGCACCUCUGUAGAUGUUCACUGCGUCGCCACCUGGGAGCACGAUGUCAUUCUGGCGUUAAUAAGUUAGAUAUUCCCUGCGCACUGAGAGAGUACCUGCUGCUGCGCAUCGACGGAGAGAUCCACUGA